AUGUCGGCCAUGGCCGCGACGGCUGAUGGGGUGCACCCAUUCGCCCCCACCACAGACCAGCUCUUGGAGGCCCUGCGUCGACGCGUCCCAGAGGCCAGCGCGCAGCUGGAUGCAGUCGCGUUUGCGGCCCAGGGCCCCGCGCAGCCGCCCCAGCCCCCACCGAAGCCUCACCUCGAGCGUGAACGCGAGGCUCAGAGGCUGGCGGUGGCUACUCGCAAGGCCGAUGAGGCCCUGGCCCGAGCCCUCGGCCACGAGCAGGAAUGCGAACACUGGCUGGAGCGGGCUCGCCACGCCGUCCAGCAGUGCGCGCAGGAGGCGGCCGACGCUCGCCUCGCCCACGAGCAGCAGCUGGAGGAGGACCUCAAGCGCAUCAAGCAGCAGGACGCAAGGCCCGCACAGGACCCAGCGGCCACAACCCCCUCCAAGCUCAACCUCUCGGCGGUCCUCGCGGCGGACGGGGGCAGCCUCGACCAACUCUUCGAAUUGGAAGACGGUGACGCGUUCAACUAUUCGGAGCUCGAGCUCUCGCCGGAGGACGUCGACAACUGGAAACAGGAGUUCAUGGACUUCAAGGCCCGCAUGUCGAUCAAGAAGCGUCGAGUGGGAGAAGGCGCGGCUGCUGCCACAGGUCGGGAGCUGCUGACAAUCACCUUGUACCUUGCACCAGGCGAAAAGCUUGGUGACAUAAACCAGACCAAACUUUUGAACGUGGGUGCUUUCCUCGAAUUGGUUCCUCUCCCCUUCGUCAUCACCGCGGAUUGGAACAUCCCGCCGGCAGAUCUCAGGAAUUCGAAGUGGCCCGAGUUGCUAGGGGGCACGGUCAGAGCCCCAACAAAUACCACUUGGACCUGCGGCAGGCCCCCCUUUCAGAUCCUGGACUACUGCCUGGUCUCCCACUCUGCAAGUGAUUGGGUGGAGUCAGUGAAGGCUUAUGAGGCAGGUGCAGACCACAAGGCCAUAGUCGCCACCUUCGAUAUCGAUGCCACUGAUCCCCAGAUCCGU